AAAACAGAAAUCAAAGAAGUUGACGAAGAACGGGAAGAAGAAGCAGGAAGAAGAAGAAGAACACAUCGGCACCACCACAAUGAAUUCAAGCAAGAGACUGGGAAAGGAGCUGGAGGAUAUCCGCAAAAGUGGGUUGAAGUGUUUCCGCAACAUUCAAGUGGAUGAAACAAACAUUUUACACUGGCAAGGGCUCCUUCUUCCUGAUUGCUCUCCAUAUGACAAAGGAGCAUUUCGGAUCGACAUCAAUUUUCCAUCAGAGUACCCCUUCAAGCCACCAAAGGUCAAUUUCAAGACGAAAAUCUACCAUCCCAACAUCGACGAGAAGGGUCAGGUCUGCCUGCCGAUGAUCACUGUGGAGAACUGGAAACCAGCCACAAGAGCAUACCAAGUGAUUCAGAAUCUAGUUGGUCUCAUUAACACCCCCGAGCCGGAGCAUCCGCUGAGGGCCGACCUGGCCGAGGAAUACACUAAAGACCGCGCCAAAUUCAUGAAGAACGCCGAGGAGUUCACGAGGAAACACAGUGAAAAACGACCCACUGACUGACCACACACAACACACCGACCCUCACAGCUGUUUGCCUUCUUUCUGUUUUCUCUUUAAAUAGCCUACCUUGACUUUGUUCUCACCCCCCCUCCCCUAAAUUCACACAAAGUUGCCCCGCUUCUCUCUCGUACCUUCAAUGUUGUAACACUCUCCGACCACUCCUCAGUAGAGGCUUGUGUUUCUCUUUCACUUUGCCAAAAAAAAAAGAGAAGCAGGACUUUUUGGUGAAUCUGCAGGUUCUGGCCUCUAGCAGUCACCUUUGGGUUGUUUUAAAAUUCUUUCUACUAAUUUCUUUUUAUAAAAACUUCAGAAAAUUGUGAGAGGUGUUGGCAUCCUGGAGAGAGUGAAGUGCUGUUACACUUUCUGUUUUCUUGAUUCCUUUUUGAACAGUUAGCAUCUAAUGCUGCCGUUUGUCUGUUGCCUCCCUUUUUUUACUUCCUCUGCCUUUUUAAAGACGCACUGUACGUCGUGAUAAUCACCGUCACAGGACCUGAAAGUUCAAAUUUGUUUCUGAUGUAGAAAAAAAAUGAAGUCAUGUGCUUUAAAAUGUUUUUUUUUUGUACUUUGCGAUAUUAGGGAAAAUCUCUAUUUGUGAAAACUCGUAGGGAAGCAGUUUUUUUAUUUUUUUAUGCAGACGGGAAAUCAAUCUUUUUGUUUUAUUUUGAGUGCAGUACUGUUCGUCUAAAUGUCAGACAUAGUUCUAAAGGCACUUCUCAAGUUAUAUUUUGUUGAAGAAUCAGUUCUAACGCCUCUAACACAACGUUGUUUGUUCUUUAUAAAGAAACAGCAGCCUCAGCUUUAAUAUUAAAACACACAUGUGGUUGCUCUUGUGUUUAUUUUACUGAUCGUCCACUCAGCACUAUGUUGAUAUUUUUUUAUACUCAACUCAAUAAAGAAAGCACUGAUUGGUUCAACACGUUUUGAACUUGCAGAGUUCCUAUUGGCUCCUUUCUCCUCUAGUUAACAGUCCUUAUAUCCUGGUAGUUGACCAAACCAUAGCGCACCUGACUGUACGCCGUUAUACAUGUACGAUAAGGCAAGACAUACAUGUCAUAAAGCGGACGGAUGGUCUUAAAUGAAUAAAGAUUUGUGAUGGAUGCUGAAU